AAUCGAAAAACAGAUUAAAAAAAAAUUAUUUGCUCGUCGGCAGGUCCAUUUCAGUGUUAUUAAGGACCACAGAUCCAAUCGUAUUUUCUCAUCUGCCCUCUCUUCACUUCUCUUUAGUAAGCCAAGGAUUGUGAAGUUGAGUUUCUAUGGAGGGUGUUGGAGGUGAUGGUGCCUCAGCGGCUGCAGCUUUGAACCAGCGGAGGCUUGAACUUUCAAAACUUUUCCAAUACUAUUUAGAUAAAACUACUCCACAUGCUACAUAUAGGUGGAUUGGAACUUUUGUCUUAGCGUUGCUUUAUGCUCUGCGGGUUUAUUAUGUUCAGGGAUUCUAUGUUGUUACCUAUGGUUUGGGCAUCUAUAUACUCAAUUUGCUGAUCGGUUUUCUGUCACCUCUUGUUGACCCUGAGCUUGAACCGUCAGAUGGUCCCAUGUUGCCAACUAAAGGUUCAGAUGAAUUCAAGCCUUUCAUACGUCGCCUCCCGGAGUUCAAGUUCUGGUAUGCCAUAACAAAGGCUUUCUGUGUGGCAUUUGUCAUGACUUUCUUCUCCCUUUUUGAUGUUCCUGUAUUCUGGCCUAUAUUGUUGUGCUACUGGAUUGUUCUUUUCGUCCUUACCAUGAGACGACAAAUUACGCACAUGAUUAAAUACAGAUACGUCCCUUUCAACCUUGGCAAGCAGAAAUAUUCCGGGAAAAGGCCAUCAACAAGUGGCAGCAGCCCAAGGGCCGACUGAACUUUUGCCUGUUCUGGACCAAAUGGAGGGGAGAGCAGGAGAAAGUGAAGAAGGAAGAAAAAGAAAACAAGAUGGAUUGUUGCAUAUUUUAGUUAAUGUGAUUUGUACUUCCAUUAAACUUUGACCCGAAGAUGGAGAAACAAAUGUAGUAGUUGUUAGCGUUCUUUUAUUAUUUGCUUUUCCAGUUUCCUGGUCAUCUCUGGUAAUAUUAAUCUAAUUUUGGGACAUAGAAAACGAGAGUUAUUUCCUUGUUUGGAAUAGAAGCGCCGCAUACGGAGAAUGAUCUUUUGUAGUCACUGGCAGUGGAAUCGCAUUGGCAUAAGAAAUUUACAUCCCUUAUUAGUAA